AUGACUGAUAAUCAAUACGCCCCGCUAACACCUAAUAUUGUGCGCACUUUGACUGACAAACUCUAUGAGAAGAGGAAAGCUGCAGCGCUCGAUAUAGAGAAGUUAGUUCGGGACCUUCAUGCUACAAAUCAGCUCACCCAACUCGACAAACUUCUUACCGUUCUUCGAGAACUUGCAAUGGCUGCCAAUGGACAUACUCGCAAAGGAGGUUUAAUCGGAUUAGCCGCAGCUGCUAUUGCACUAGGAAAGAAUGCUCCACCCUACACAGUACACCUGAUAGAGCCAGUACUGUCAUGUUUCAAUGAUCCUGAUUUACGUGUGCGCUACUACGCUUGCGAGUCGUUGUACAAUAUCGUCAAGAUAUGCAAAGUUGCCGUACUGAGUCAUUUCGAUCAAUUGUUUGAUGUGUUGUGGAAGCUUUCUGCAGAUACCGAUCAAAACGUGCGGAGUGGAGCGGAACUAUUGGAUCGAUUACUCAUGGAUAUCGUAGUGUCGAAAGAAGAUUUUGACAUCGCUAAUCUCAUGAGUCUUAUACGAGACCGUAUCUACGUCCAGACAAGUUCCAAUCGGAAGUUCAUUGUGCAUUGGCUGAAUGUGAUGCUUUCAACACCUGCAUUCAACAUCCUACCAUACGUAUCUGAGGUUUCCGACGGAUUAUUUCGAAUGCUAGCUGACGGGCAACCUGCUGUACGAGAUGUCACCGAAACUCUUUUGGGGCAGUUCUUGCAAGGAAUCCAUAAUAAUCCAGAUUCUUUGAGUCACGAGGAUCGCUCUCAAAUGGUUAGCGUCUUAGUCGCUCAUGCUCAUGAGGAUGAACCUCCGCUAGGUAGAAAACUUGCAUUGAUAUGGAUGGAUGAGUUUAUACGUAUAUACAAAGAGAAAAUGUUGCCAUAUUUAUCCUCCUAUCUGACGGCUGUUUUACCAUCUUUGGACUGCGAGGCGCUUAAGGCAAGAAGCGUGAAUGACUAUCUAAUGACCUUGAUUGGGGCCGACACAAAGAUAGAGGAACAAACUGUUAACUAUGUCAUCGAAGUCCUUCUAAAAUUUGUGGUUCAUGAAAAAAGAGAGACGCGUGUAGCUGUACUCAAUUGGAUCAGGCACCUCAAUGCUACUAUGCCUUCACAGGUGUUUCUGCAUAUGGAUCGGAUCUUUCCGGUCUUACUUGGAACGUUGUCAGACACAUCGGAUGAGGUGCUUCUACUCGAUCUCCAUUUGUUAUCUGAUAUUUGCCACUCAAAUGCUGGUCGGUAUGAUGUCGAUUUGAAAAGUUUCCAGUUAACCGAAGACACCGUCAAUAAUCUGUCACCAGUUUCCCCCUCUCUGGUCAAGUUCGCCUUAAGUUUACUUGAGAUGUUUCGAGCAGAGCCAGCACUACUUAAUGAUCGGGGUGUGCUAAUUAUAAGACAACUCUGCCUUUUGAUGGAACCCGCACACAUUUACCGAGCUCUUUGUGUAUUGCUGCUGAGAGAGCAAAGCAUAACGUUUAUACAGAAUGUUGUUUCAAUGUUACAUGGGGUUCUACUUACAGCAACAGAACUGUUUAUUCUGCGGGAUCAAUUAAGGAUGCUCGAAGGCAAAGACUCGAUCUCACUUUUUGAGUGUGUAUUUCGAUGUUGGUGUCACCGACCGAUUGCUCUACUGGGACUUUGUCUUCUAUCUCAAAACUAUGCCCAAGCAGCUGAGAUUGCCAUGAUGUUGUCUAAGGUGGACAUGACGCUGGACGUGCUCGUUGAAAUCGACAAGCUCGUGAAUAUGAUAGAAAGUCCUGUCCUUGCAUAUGUUCGAAUGGAUCUACUUUCUGCUUGCCAUCAACGAUCCCUCUCCACUGUGUUGUCUGCGUUGCUAAUGCUAAUGCCGCAGUCGGAUGCAUUCCAUACAUUACAUAAGCGGUUACAAGCAGUUCCAGCUCUAACUAUUAUUGGGAAAGACGAAUCUCCGCCAAAGCCGAAAGUCAAUUUCGCCCCUUUGUUUGAGUGCUUCCGUAAUGCAUUAACCAGAAGGCAAACGGAGAUUCGACAGAAACAUCGAGAGGUUCUCCUUGCAUCCAUUCAGAAAAUGAAUAUGCGAUAA